AUGACGACUAUUUGGCGCUGCUCCGAGUUCUCAGCUCUGAAACUAGAAAGACUGAGGAUACAUCCGGUCGAGCAUCGCGUGCUGAGCAACGACGCGAAGCUCCAUGUACAGAAACGAAAGUUGACAAUACUCGAAGAUCUCGUGACAUCGCCGAGAAAAAGUGUGCCGUGGCUCGGGCGCACGGGCAACGCCAAGGCGCUCCUGCGGCACCUGCUCCUGUUGCUAGCGACAAUUCUGCUGGCAGUGGUAGUCGAGUCGAGUUUCCCCUACCCACUGCGCGCCUCUUGCUUGGUCCAAUGGCGGUUCGUCGAGGGAUGCGACUCGGUCAUACCGAAGUUGCGAGAGCAGAUACAAAACGUCGAAGACGAGACAAGCGACGGGGAUUAUCUUACGAUAAAGGCGACACGCGUCGAGCCGAAAACCAAUGCAAUCGAUUGUAUCCAUAUCGUUUUUGCCAACUCGACCGAUUCCGGCUGCAUAGCUAUGGCUCAAUCGGAAGCGAGACACUGGUACAGCAUUUUCGACGACGGCAGAAAUUAUUGCAAUUUGUGGGAGCUGAUCUAUAGAGCGGGCUACGAUUUCGACGACUUUAUCGAGGAGACGGAAAAUGCCGACUGUACCCAAUAUAACAUGGUGCACUGCUGCUGA